UUUCUAAUAGGAGAUCUACAUUUUAUUUUAGCUGGAUAACAACAAGUUGUGACCAGCGGAAGUAGUCGGAAGUCGGAAGCAGUAGGUUGAAGAUAUGGCGGAAUUAAGUGUUGCCAAGAAUGAGCUGGAGGAGUUCAAAUGCUCUGCCAAUGAUGCCAUUGAAUUUAAAUUAGUCAGGAACGUGCAGGACAUUGAUGAUGAAGAAAAAGCUUUUCCCCCUGACAUGACCCAUCAGGUCUUUGGAGAUUCAGAAAUGAUCUUUGGAUACAGAGGUCUGAAGGUGUCCAUAUACUACACAGGAAGCAAACUUAUCCCUUACCUGAGGAUAUCACACAGUGAAGUCUGUAACACUAAAGAGCAUGGGGUUUCACCGGAUGACAUUGAGAAGCUGCUUGCACAGGAACUUCCCCCAGGCUACCUCACCAACUUGGACACCUUCAAAGCUGCUCUCUCAGAUGAGGCCACCUUCAAGCCGUUCGGGGAAAAAAUAGAUUCCUACACAGUCACCACAAAAAAUGGAGAAGAGCGUCAUUUUGACGUUUACUUUGCUAAAAUGGAAAAGUCUGGCUUCCAAAAGUUCCACGAGCGAAUUCAGUCGUUCAUCAAGUUCUACAUCGACGCUGCUUCGUACAUCGACGUGGACGACCCCCAGUGGCAGUAUUAUUUCCUGUUUGAAAGAUACAAAGAAGACGGAGAGACCAGAUUGGCAGCAGCUGGCUACAUGACUGUGUACAAUUUCUACGCUUACCCCACACACAUUCGGCCACGUAUGAGCCAAGUUCUGGUACUCACCCCCUUCCAAAGACUGGGGCUUGGGGCCAAGUUGGUCCAGACAUUCUACAACACGUGCUAUUCAAGGUCAGAUGUGUUAGACAUUACAGUGGAGGACCCUUCAGACAACUUCCAGCGUUUACGGGACUUUGUGGACGCUCAGAACUGCAUGAAGCUCAAAUAUUUCCAGCUCAGCGAGCUGAAGAAAGGUUUCUCUCACGACAUGUUGCAUGAGGCUCAGACGAAGCUCAAACUCAGCAAGCUGCAGACUCGGAGAAUGUACGAGAUUCUGAGACUCAAGGCCACAGACCAAAGCAACAAAGAAGAGUUCAGAGAGUACAGGCUGGAUGUGAAGCGGCGCUUGAAUAUCCCGUACAUGAAAACCAAACGGAUGUUUUUGAAACUGGAAAAUUGCCUGAACCCUGAGGAGAUAGCCCAGACGUUGGGACUGGUGACCAAGGAGCAAAAGUUUCUGACACUGGAGAACGAUUUUCAAACUGCUUUGGCUGCCUACAGACGGGUUUUGGAGCGCCUUGCCAGCUCUUAAGAAGAUGAAGGCAGAAGUGAACAUGAGGGAAUUGGGUAUUUUUGGAAGGUUGAGAGCAAUUACAGCAUAGUCCACCUUUGAUGAACUCGCUCUGGCGACUGUUUUCAUUUUGGCCAACAAGAAUGUUGGUUCUGUUGGCUUGAUAUUGGGUGAGGUAUAAAUGGCCAUGAUAGUGUAGGUUUACUUUUAGAGCAUCUGAGCCGAGAUAUGACUGGCUUAACCGUGAUAGCAGAUGUCUCAGAUCUGGCGCAUUGUGAUGAUCAUGAAACUUUACAUAGAGUGUGAUCCUGAUUAAUCCGGAAAUCUGGAUUCUGACAUUGUCCGCAUUUUGGCAGACUUCAGGCCAACUGUAUAAAAAUACUCUUGUCACAAGAUGUAUCCGCAAAUUUUGAGUCCAUUCAGGUGCAUUUCCUCAAGGUCGGAAACCUUUUUUUUUUUGUGGUUAAAUUUUCUGAAACAGCGAGUUAAUAAUAGAAAGGAAUUCUAACCCCCCCCCCCCCCCCCCCGUUAGUAGGCUAUACCAAAACCAAAAGAAAGUGGACUCCUGCUGUGAAGGAUGAAAGUUCUCAGUUUGGUAUAUGUGUCCGGUUUGCUUGGGAAUGUAUUUACUUGUAUAAUGACAGUUUGCAUAAAGUAUGAGACAAUGUGUGUGUGAACAUUGAUAAGUAUGAAUGUUUUUUGGGAAUGUCCAUCAUUUGUUUUGUUUCCAUAUUUAAUUUAUU